CUGUGUUGUGUACUAAGCGUGUAUAUACAUAUGUGGGGAUGUAGAUGACUUUCUAAAAUACACCCUUUAGUAUAAGUUAUAGACCAAGUCGAUAUAUACCAAUCGAAAAACCCCGUUUACGAUACCAUUGCAACAGCAUGGUAGGGGACGUAACCGGCAGCACAAGUAGUUUGAAGGUUGUAGGGGAUUUGCACUUUGCAAGUGCGAAUAAAAGCAAUAACAUACGCAUAAAUACAACACCCGCAAAUACGACGACGGUGUCCGCACAGAAUAGUACAAUGGAGACAGCCAGGCUUUCACCUCUGAACUUUGCGCAUGUUGUGAGUGCGUUGCAUACAGUAGACAAUGAUAAGUUAAGUGACGAACAGAAGCAAAAACCGUCAGGCAGUACAAGUAUAGGUGGUAACAAUAAGACGAUUGCUAUAGCUAAUGCGAAGAGUAUCACAGUCGACGACAGCCCGGAAAUUAAUCAAAAUGAACUCGACAGACAUGCAGCCGGCCUUGUCACUAAGUCCUCCAUAGACCCACCUAUGACCACUGGUUCGAGUGCAAUACCCAUUAGCAGUGGCAGCAGUAACGGGAGUCACGGACCCCGUGGACAACAACUCAGAUCGAGUGGAAUGUACAGAAGUCAAGAUAGAUUGCUCGAAAGCCAGGCGCACGGAUCAAAGCAGGGGUCCCAAACCAGGCCUUCGUCGAGACCGCCCUCAUGUCCCCCACUAAGGAAGAGUAACGGCUCGACCCCAUUGGAGGAGGAAGCACAGAGAGCCAAGACACCACAGCCGCAGACAAACACGAUAAAGAAAAAUAAGAAACUGCAGGAUGCUGUGAUUGUGGAUUCGCGCAUACAACAAGGGAGAAAACGGUAUACUGUAUACAAAAUUGUUGUGUCAGUGGAAAACCAAUUGUUUGCCAUCUACCGACGCUAUUCGGACUUCCGAAGUUUACAUGAUAAACUGGGGAAACGUUUUCCGAAUACACUUCUGCCAAACUUGCCCGCCAAAAGAUACAUAUUUGAUAACUUCGACCCCGUGUUCAUCAAUACGAGGCGGAAAGGGCUACAGAAGUACCUGAAGUCAGUUUUAAAUGAUAAGAAGCUUGCGCACUCCCACGCUGUGUUUGGAUUCCUUCUAGACGAUAGCCGGCGUUCGCGCGAUCACGACGACGAGGUGAAACAGGAGGACUACAGUCUUCUGUUGGCCCGCCAAGAAGAGAAGGAAAUUGAGGUGGAGGAUGAAUUCGCACUGUCCAAUGUGGAAUUGGGUGGCUUAGAGAAUCCCUCUGUGUGCAUCGAUGAUUUCGAUCUUUUAAAGGUAAUCGGAAAAGGUAGUUUUGGGCGCGUUCUGCUGGCGAGACAAAAGGCGUCGCGACUGGUGUACGCAAUUAAAGUAUUAGAUAAGCGACAGGUUCAAAAGAAGUCAAAUAGAAAGAACCAAAUAAGAAAUGUAAUGACGGAGCGUAACGUGCUGCUGAAGAAUUUGCACCACCCCUUUCUAGUGGGUCUGCACUACUGCUUCCAGUCCCCGCGCAAGCUGUACUUUGUAUUGGACUAUAUCAAUGGCGGAGAACUUUUCUUUCACCUUCAGAGAGAGCAAAGCUUCCCGGAGACGCGGGUGCGCUUCUACACGGCCGAAAUCGUCUCGGCCAUGGACUUUAUGCACAAGAACGGCGUGCUGUACCGCGAUUUAAAGCCAGAGAACAUACUGCUGUGCAGCGAUGGUCACGUGGCCCUCACAGACUUUGGACUGUGCAAAGAGAAUAUAGACGAGGCAGCUCGGACCGAGACGUUUUGUGGCACACCCGACUACCUCGCCCCGGAGGUACUGUUGAAGCAGCCCUACGGACACGCCGUGGAUUGGUGGAGUUUGGGUGUUGUUGUAUACGAAAUGCUAGUAGGCCUGCCGCCAUUCUACUCCAAAAAUUACAAGACGCUAUACGACAAAAUCCUGAAGUCCGAUCCCAGAAUCCCGAAUUACGUUUCGGCCGAUGCCAAAGACUUCCUGACAAAGCUACUCAUCAGAGACCCUCUGCAACGAUUGGGCAGUGGGCCUACGCUCGCUGAAGAGGUAAAGAAUCACGCGUUCUUGAAGGAUACGGACUGGGAUAAGCUUGUCCGUAAGGAGUAUGAGCCGCCUUAUAACCUGCAUGUGGACGGGGCUCUUGAUCUGAGCAAUUUCGAUCCAGACUUUGUGCAAGAGCCAUUACCGACGCCCGACGAUCGCCGCAGUAUGGAGAUAAAGAUGGACGAUACAUUCGCGGGAUUUAGCUACACACGCCCAUCUGAACUUGACAGAGGGGCAGACAUAAUUAGGUAGUCCAUGGAUAGUAAAUAUAUUGCCAAGGUGGAGGUGAGAAUGUACCGGAUGUUUGCGACGUGUACUUAUAAUCACUCUUCCCAUCUUGGCAUCGCACCGGAUACAUUUAGGUAUAUAUAUAGUAUUCGUAUCAUAGCUCUACUAAUUGUAGUCUAUAUAGUAUUUAGCACACUCUACUUUCGUAAAAUAAGUAGUUUACACGCUCUUCAGUACUUGGCAACUUGGGCGGACACACCUCUAGGCAAUUCCUAGAAAGCAUCUGUAACAUGAAACACUUGUGCACUAGUGGCGAUAACGAGGAAUCGAGGAAUCCAAUAGCGACCUACCCUCAUUGGGCUGGUGCAUACUGAGCUGACAACAUCAAACCCUGAAACCCUAAUACUAGAUGGAAUGGGGAGGGUAUAUGCGGGCUCAACGCACGACACACAAUACACGUACAAACAGAAAAACCCCGGCAUCCCCAUGUUUAAGGUGGCCGGCGCACGCUAAAGGCAAGGGGUCCCAGUGCUUGGUUAUCACACAAUAGCCAAUUUAUUAAAGCCGCUUCAAAUUAAU